UGUCAGCGCACAGAGAUGACGCAUCGUUCGUCUGUCACUUCCUGCUUCCUGACAGCAGACAUUCAGCAGCAGUUGUCCUGAUCUUCUGCUCGUUGCUGGACCGUCUCCACCUGUCCGGCUCCACCUGUCCGGCUCCACCUGUCCGGCUCCACCUGUCCGGCUCCAUGCGCGCUCCCGUGUGCGCGGCGCUGCUGCUGUGGGCGCUGAGCGACGCGGCGGCUCGGCAGUUCUCAGAGGAGCAGAUGGCGGCUGUCAGACAGCGCAUCAGGUCCAUGUUCUACCACGCCUACAACAGCUACCUCAACAACGCCUUCCCCUACGAUGAGCUCCGCCCACUCACCUGUGACGGGCAGGACACCUGGGGCAGUUUCUCUCUGACUCUGAUCGACGCCCUCGACACGCUGCUGGUUCUGGGAAACCAGACGGAGUUCCAGCGCGUGGCGUCGCUCCUCCAGGACACCGUAGACUUCGACAUCGACGUCAACGCGUCGGUCUUUGAGACCAACAUCAGAGUGGUGGGCGGUCUGCUGUCGGCUCACCUGCUGGCGGGCCGGGCCGGGAUGGAGCUGGAGCCCGGCUGGCCCUGUUCCGGACCGCUGCUGAGGAUGGCCGAGGACGCGGCCCGGAAACUGCUGCCGGCCUUCCAGACGCCCAGCGGGAUGCCGUACGGUACCGUCAACCUGAUGCACGGCGUCAGCCCCACCGAGACGCCCGUCACCUGCACGGCCGGCGUCGGAACCUUCAUCCUGGAGUUCGCCGCGCUGAGCCGGCUGACCGGAGACCCGACGUUUGAGGACGCGGCCCGCCGGGCCCUGAGCGCUCUGUGGAAGACCAGAUCUGACAUCGGACUGGUGGGGAACCACAUCGACAUCGUGACCCAGAAGUGGGUGGCCCAGGACGCCGGGAUCGGCGCCGGCGUGGACUCGUACUUUGAGUAUCUGGUGAAAGGAGCCGUCAUGCUGCAGGACCAGGAGCUUCUCAGCAUGUUCCGCGCGUACGACGGAGUCAUUCAGAACUACACCCGCUUCGACGACUGGUACCUGUGGGUCCAGAUGCACAAAGGAACCGUCACCAUGCCCGUCUUCCAGAGCCUGGAGGCGUUCUGGCCCGGUCUGCAGUCUCUGCUGGGGGACCUGGACGGCGCCGUCAGAACCUUCCAGAACUACUACUCUGUGUGGCGCCAGUUUGGAGGGCUGCCGGAGUUCUACAGCAUCACUCAGGGCUACACUGUGGACAAGAGGGAGGGAUACCCGCUGAGACCAGAGCUGAUAGAGAGCGCCAUGUACCUGUUCAGAGCCACAGGUGACCACACCUACCUGCAGUUUGGCCUCGACGCGGUGGAGUCCAUCGAGCGGAUCGCCAAGACGCCCUGCGGAUACGCCAGCGUCAAAGAUCUCAGGGAUCAUCAGCUGGACAACCGGAUGGAGUCCUUCUUCCUCGCUGAGACCGUCAAAUACCUGUACCUGCUCUUUGACCCCGCCCACUUCCUGCACGGCGGGGGGACGGAGGGCAGCGGGUCCUGGGAGGAGGGCGGGGACGUUGGCCAGUGUGUUUUAGGGGCGGGGGGCUUCAUCUUCAACACCGAGGCUCAUCCUUUGGACCCGGCGGCGCUCCACUGCUGCAGCCGCAGCGCCCAGGAGCGCCAGGAGAUCCGGGACAUCCUGCUGAGCCUGUCGCAGCCCGCCAGCCAAUCAGGGCGGCCGGCCAGUCAGGAAGAGGACCUUCCAGAGAGCCAAUCGGAGAGCAUCGCUCUGAAGCCGGGGGAGAAGAAGACUCGGCCUCCGCUGUCGUGCCCCGUUCAGCCGUUCAGCGCUCGGCUGUCCGUCCUGGGUCAGGUUUUCUCUGACAACACCUGAGCCCAGAGCUGGACAGGUGAUAUGACACCUGGCUGCCGACCUCAUGAAUGACCCCUGCACCAACCUUAAAGGUGCUCAGGAACUCAGGCGCCCUGCUCACUGCUGUAUCUUCCUCUUAAAGUUAUUUUUAUUUAUUAAAACUGUGGCAUUUUC